AUGUCCUCCUCUUCAACAGUCGACAUCCCCAAGUCCCUCCUAGAGGAUCUAGCCAAGUUCCGCAUGGCCAAGCGUUCCUCUGGUUCAGCGGCCAUUGUGAUCAAGGUGGACAAGAAGAAGCUGCUCAUGGAAAUGGAAGAGCAAUUUGACGAUGUUUCUCUUGAGGAGUUGGAGGAUGAGCUCCCCGAAAACACUCCACGGUACAUCCUCCUCUCCUACCAACUCUCCCACAAGGAUGGGCGCGUCUCUUUUCCCCUCGUUCUCCUCUUCUGGUGUCCCGAAACCUCCAGCGUGGAAAUGUCUACCCUGUACGCCUCUGCUCUCAGCUCGUUGAGCGUGCAGAGCGAUGUGGGUAAAGUGGUUGAAUUUAGGGAAGGGAAAGUGGAGAGGAAAGUGCUUGAGCAGAGGUUGGGUGCAUAG